GCUCAGGUGAGGCCAUGGCCGCCUCCGCCCUCUUCAUCCUCGACCUGAAGGGGAAGGUGCCCCCCCUGGCAGCGGUGCCCCCGCAGGCGCUGCUGGGCCGCAGUUACCGGGGGGACGUGGGGCUGAGCGAGCUCGAGGGGUUCCCAUCGCUCCUGGAGCAGCGCCGCCAGGAGGGGACCCUCACCCCACUGCUGCCCCACGGCCACAUCCACUGCCUCUGGAUCAGGCACGCCAACCUCUACCUGGUGGCCGCCACCAAGAAGAACGGCAAUGCCUCCUUGAUCUACGCUUUCCUCUACAAAGUGGUGGAGGUCUUCUGCGAGUACUUCAAAGAGUUGGAGGAGGAGAGCAUCCGGGACAACUUCGUCAUCAUCUACGAGCUCCUGGACGAGCUGAUGGACUUUGGGUUCCCACAGACCACGGACAGCAAAAUCCUCCAGGAGUACAUCACCCAGGAGGGCCACAAGCUGGAGACGGGGAAGGGGCGUGUGCCCACCACGGUGACCAACGCCGUGUCCUGGCGCUCCGAGGGGCUCCGCUACAAGAAGAACGAGGUCUUCAUCGACGUCAUCGAGUCGGUCAACCUCCUGGUGAGCGCCACGGGCAGCGUCCUGCUCAGCGAGGUGGUGGGAACCAUCAAGCUGAAGGUCUUCCUCUCGGGAAUGCCGGAGCUGCGUUUGGGCCUCAACGACCGCGUCCUCUUCGAGCUGAUGGGCCGGGGGAAGAACAAGUCGGUGGAGUUGGAGGACGUCAAGUUCCACCAGUGCGUCCGUCUGUCCCGCUUCGACUCCGAUCGCACCAUCUCCUUCAUCCCACCCGACGGAGACUUCGAGCUCAUGUCCUAUCGCCUCAGCACUCAGGUGAAGCCGCUCAUCUGGAUCGAGUCGGUCAUCGAGAAGUUCUCCCAUAGCCGAGUGGAGAUCAUGGUCAAGGCCAAAGGGCAAUUCAAGAAGCAAUCGGUGGCCAACGGAGUGGAGAUCGUGGUCCCGGUGCCCAGCGACGCCGAUUCGCCCAAGUUCAAGACCACCGUGGGUUCGGCCAAGUACCUCCCAGAGAAGAACGUCAUCAUCUGGACCAUCAAAUCCUUCCCGGGGGGGAAGGAACACCUGAUGCGCGCCCACUUCGGGCUGCCCAGCGUGGACAGGGAGGAGGAGGAAGGGCGUCCCCCCAUCUCCGUACGCUUCGAGAUCCCCUACUUCACCGUCUCCGGCAUCCAGGUUCGGUACAUGAAGAUCAUUGAGAAGAGCGGAUACGCGGCGCUGCCCUGGGUGCGCUACAUCACCCAGAGCGGCGAUUACCAGUUCCGGACCAGCUAAGGGGGGGCUCCCUGCCCCCCCCCCCCCCAGACCCCCAUGGACCCCCCCAAAUCCCC